CCACCGUCCUCCCUUACCCGUGGGCGCUCUUCCUCUUCCCAGACUCCGCUACCGAACGCGCCGCCGCCGCUGCUUCCCGGCGAUCCCUGGAUUCGGCCGGUACAGGUGGCCUGUUGAGAAUAAUUACUGUACUCGGAGUCUGCACCUGGUACGGGUGCUGUGAUCUACAUUUCUUCUGGCCCAAACCCUAAGAAGAAGAUACUCCAUCGACUAUGACAUGGCUGCAUCUCUUGACUGCAUGGAGCAGGCUGAGGGACUGGAUGAGCUGUACGACUGUGCAAGGCUAGCCUGCCGGUGGUGCUAGUUGUGUGUGCAAGGCGAGCUGUAUGAUUGUUCAAACUAGCUGCCAGGGCCAUGAAGUGCUAAGCUGCUGAGCAGGACCUGACACAAAAGAAUGCUCUUGUUUCUAUUUGAGAGCUGAUCCGUGCUGUUCAUAUACUCUCUGAGAUUGCUUUUAAAGGACGAGUGAAAGCAAAGCUGUGUUCUUAUAUGACAUUCAGUUUACGGCAUUUUAUUUGACGGCUUGUGGUUUUCGGGAGCAGUAUUAUGGAGUGCAAUAGAGAAGAGGCCUCUAAGGCCAGGGAAAUUGCUCUAAAAAAGUUAGAAAAUAAAGACUACGCUGGUGCUAAAAGGAUUGCACUGAAAGCACAAAGGAUUUUUCCAGAGCUUGAGAACUUAUCCAAGCUGUUGACUGUCUGUGAAGUACAUUGUGCAGCAGAGGCAAAGAUGAAUGAUUUGUUGGACUAUUAUGGAAUUCUCCAGGUGGAGGUAACGGCUGAUGAGACAACCAUAAAAAAGCAAUACCGCAAGCUUGCCUUUUCACUUCACCCUGAUAAAAACAAUUUCCCUGGUGCACAUGCCGCAUUCGUAUUAGUUGCAGAAGCUCACUCAACAUUGUCGGAUCAGAUAAAAAGACCUGCAUAUGACAUCAAGUGGAGGGUCGCUUCUAGAAUUGCAACAAAGCAGGCUACAGAACCAAAGCAAGGUACACAGCCAAAGCAAGGUAUGCCAAAGCAGGGUACAAAACCAAAGCAGGCGGCAGUACCUAAGCAGGCUGCUAUACCAAAGCAGGCGACAGAACCAAAGCAGACUACAGAACCGAUGAAGAAAACUGAUGCAAGUAGAAGUAGUGUAGCAGGAUGUGGACCAUCAAUUCCAUCAACUACUGCUGGACAGGCAAUCUGGACCAUAUGCAUUUACUGUAGGACAAAAUAUCAGUACUACAGUGAUGUACUAAAUCAUCGCAUCCGCUGUCAGAACUGCAGUAAAUAUUUUGUUGCAUUUAAGCUAAAAGAACAGGAUGUGCCUUAUGUGUUCACAUCAAAUGCAACCUACGGUGUUGGAGAACAGAGUGGUAUUCACAGUCAACAAGACUUCUCUACAAAUUUCUCUUCUGGGUUGAAUAGUAACGCAAAACCCUGGGCGCAUGGAGCACGAAAUGAUGAGCACAUGAAGAGUGCCAAUGCGGGUGGUGAGGAGAAGGUUAACCAUGCAGAGGCAGGUGGAAAAGGAGGUGUUGAACAUUCAACAGGAAAUCUGUCUCAAUCUUCUAAACCAUGUGCAAAUGGCAAGGCAGGUGGAAGGAUGGCAUCUGACCCUGCUGAUCCAGAUCUUUCUGAUAGGCAAAACCCAUGUAGCAGGGGAGUAGAUACAUCAGCAGAGCCAGGUACUGCUGGGAACCCUAAUGGCCAGAAAUCAGCUAGGAGAAAGGCAAGCCAUGAUGCCAAUAUCCGGGAUUCUCCUAGCCAAAAGAGGCGAACCAUAAAAGAUUGCUUUUCAAAUGCUGACUCCAGUUGUAAGAAAAUGUUUGAUGGCAACAUGCCUCCUGCUGAUGUAAAAACUAGUGAACCUCAUGUCUGUAGCACAGCACACCACCAAGAGAAAGGCAGUACUGCCAAUAUAGGCAAAACUAGUGAAACUCAUGUCUCUAGCAAAGCACACCACCAAGAGAAAGGAAGUCUUGCGAAUGUAGGCAAAACUACUGAACCUCAUGUCUCUAGCAAAGCACACCACCAAGAGAAAGGAAGUACUGCCAAUGUAGGCAAAACUAGUGAACCUCGUGUCUCUAGGAAAGCACACCACCCAGAGAAAGGAAGUAUUGCCAACGUAGGCAACCAGGAAAACAUCAAGAAUGCUGCUGCUGCAAAGAAACCUUGCAAUUCAGUGGAACUUUCCUAUCCUGACCCGGAGUUUUUUGACUUUGAGAAAUGCAGGGAUGUCAAUUUGUUUGCAGUUGAUCAGAUCUGGGCACUUUAUGAUGAUCGUGAUGGCAUGCCACGAUAUUAUGCUCGAAUAAGGCGUCUUGAUGCUACCAACUUCAAAGUUCAGUUCACCUGGCUGGAGCACAAUGCAAUGAAUGAGGAAGAGGACAAAUGGACUGAUGAAGAACUGCCUGUUGCUUGUGGUAACUUCAUAUUAGGAAAAACAGAGGUGUCUACAGAUGUACAAAUAUUUUCUCAUAUUGUUCCAUGGGUGAAAGGCAAAAAAAGGAGCACAUAUGAAAUAUAUCCCGGGAAGGGUGAGGCAUGGGCUAUUUAUAAGGGUUGGAGUAUGCAGUGGAGCUCAGAUGCGGAUAACCACAAAACAUACGAGUAUGACCUUGUGGAGAUCUUGUCAGAUUUCACAAUGGAAGCUGGAGUUUCUGUUGCCCCCUUGGUCAAGAUUAAAGGUUUUGUCAGUCUAUUUGCAGAAGGCAAACCAUCAUUUGUUAUACCAUCGAGUGAACUGCUUCGAUUCUCUCACAAUAUCCCAUUUUAUAGAACAAAAGGAAAUGAAAAGGUAGGUGUAGCAGGUGGGUUUCUUGAACUAGAUACCGUGUCACUUCCUAGUAACCUGGACACAGUAUUUCCAUCAGUUACUCUUGAUACUUGCACGCCUAUUGACAACACAAUGAACAGUGGCUUCAUUAAUACGAGUGGUCAAAAAGAGAAUAAGAAAAGUGGAGGAAAACGAAUAGAUAAUUCCCUUGAACGAACCCCAAAACGGCAACAGAAUGCCUGUAAUACUACUGUGCAUGGUUCCUCCUCUCAGCAGUUCUGCACCGAUCCAGGUGUUUAUGUAACAUAUCCAGACUCAGAAUUUUGUAACUUUGAAGAACUGCGAUCAUAUAAUAAGUUCGAACGUGGCCAGAUAUGGGCUCUCUACAGUGAUCUUGACAAAUUUCCAAAGUAUUAUGGUUGGGUGACCAAAGUCGAUGUGAAACCAUUCAAAUUGCACUUGACUUGGCUCGAAGUUUGUCCUCAACUGGAGCAAGAGAAGAUGUGGUUACAGGAUGAUAUAGCUGUGAGCUGUGGGACAUUUCAACUCUGCAACUGGAGGAUCAAGUAUGAUACAAAUUGUGCAUUCUCUCAUUUAGUAGAAACUAGCCAAGUUAACUCGAAACAGUUCGAAAUUCACCCACAAGUAGGUGAAAUAUGGGCCAUCUACAAUAACUGGGCACCUGAUUGGGUUCCUUCUAGCAAUGAUGCUUGUGAGUACGCCAUUGGUGAGAUUACUGAGCGCACUGAAGCUAGCACAAAAUUCUCAUUUCUGACACAAGUAGAUGGAUUCAGAGUUGUGUUCAGGCCUGACAGCGGAAGGGGUAUUUUAGAGAUACCUCCAAAUGAAAACUUGAGGUUUUCUCACCAUAUACCUUCUUUCCGUCUGACAGAGGAAAAAGGUGGCAGACUCCGUGGCUUCUAUGAACUGGAUCCAGCUUCUGUUCCUGAUGCUUUCCUGUUCCGAGGCACUCACUGACUGGUAGACAUCGAUGCUGACUGUUCUGAAGCUAGUUACACUGAGUUGCUUCCCAUUGAAUCAACUAGUCAUCUAUGAUGUUUACAAGUCUGUGAUGCCUGCAAUGUGGUUAUCAAUUACUUUAGAAGUGUUUUGUCUGCAGCAGUGGGUAAAAUGAUCUAUCUAUUAGGCUCUCUGUAUCCUUCUCCCGAUUUGUUAUGAGCUUCAUGAUCAUCUCAAACCUCCGAUGCUUUGCUAUAGUUCUAGUGCCUAGCAAUAUUUUGUUCGGGAACUUAUGUAAACUGGAAGAACCUUAUGGUUGCAAGUUAUGUGACAUUGAGGUUGCUUCUUCCUGUUGUGUUUGUGGUAUUUGUGCCCAUGAUUUGGUAGAUGCGUGUUCUUUUUGUCUUCAGGAUUCCUGCACUGCCAAUCUGUAUGACUGUUUGGAGAUGCAUUUAUUUGGUCCACUGCUUCCUGGAUCAUACAGAACUGAAGCUUCUUCAUGUGAUCAAUGCAAGAAGAUCAAUUAGACAGGAAGGUGUGGUCCAAACAAACAUGGCCUCAGUCUGCAGAACGUGGAGGGAUUACCAAAUGAAGGAUGUGCCUGCGGAUGAUGAAGAAUUGAAGAUGACAGCAAAGGUGAAGGAUGAACCCAGGCAGAGUGAGCCUAUGACUGGUGUCGAGUCUGUCGACGGUGCGUGAAAUAACGUGCAGCCUGAGAAUGCGAAGUAGAUGUAUUAUGCUACUAAUGCCUUUCGAAUUUUCGAUUCCCAACAAUGGACAAGGGGAUUCAAAUUUUUGUACUCCCUCUGAUCCAUAUUAGUUGUCGAAAUAUUACAUGUAUCUAGACGCCUUUUAGACGAUACAUCCAUAUUUAAGCAAAUUUGAGACAAUUAAUAUGUAUCGGAGGGAAUACGUCAUUAGAUGAAUGAAGAAUACAAAUGAAUGGAUUA